AGACAGACAGAGAAGGGCUCAGUGACCACAAACUGCCAAUCCAAACAGGAAGACACAAAUCAUCAUGGCAACCAAAAGAAAACAGACAAUGUGGUCACUGUUGGACAGACAUGGCGGUGCCUGUGUGGUGUCUGUCGUUCCGGCAGCCGUACGCCGGUCUGGUUCUGGACGGGGUGAAGACAGUGGAGAGCCGCUGGAAGCCCCUGCUGGCCCCACUGGAGAACCAGACUCUGGCGGUCCACAUUGCGCAGCGGGACUGGGAGGGGCAGGACUGGAGGGCGGUGCUGGGCGGCCCGCUGGGUAUGGACCCAGCUCAGAUCCGAGCGCUUCUAGAGUCUGGGGAACGGUUUGGCCGUGGCGUUGUGGCAGGAUUGGUGGAUGUGGGCGAGACCUGGCAGUGCUCCACCUCCCUGCAGGGGGAGGAGCUACAGCAGCUGGAGCGGUCAGCCGUUCUGAUUGGUCUGCAGGAGAAACACCUGACUCACCUGUCCAACCCUCGCUGGCUGAAGGAGCCGCUGAGCGCCCGCGGAGGUCGCGACCUCUGGACAGUGAAGAUCCCUGCAGAGCUGUUACUAUGACAACACACCCACUUCCUGUGUUUGUUGUUGGAUCGUCAACAUGUUCCUGUUAUGUGCUGCGGUUGUUAUAACAACAACAAUAAUAAAUCUGUAUUUGUUUUGUUAAUAAAGGUUUUUUGCUUUUUUUUUUUA